AUGCUCUCUAAACUGUUACCGCUUUCUCUUUUAUUAUUUCUUCCACUCUCAAUGGCGAAUACUGAAUGUAUUUGGGUGAUUGGACGAGUGACAUGUACAUUCAAUCAGACAAAGGUGGUCGACACUCGAAUCGAAGUCUGGGACAAGGAUGGCCCGAAAACACCAAGAGUGAAAACCGAUGUGAUUCUCCGUCUGAUUGAUCGAGUCGAUCCCGAUGACAAAGCUGGAGUGACAAUUGUUGAGGAUGAGACUGGGCUGUUCAAAGUUGAGGGCUGUGCAUCGGAUCAGGAUUGGCUUUUCCGAAAGAAUCAACCCGAGUUCUAUUUGAAGAUCUUUCACCGAUGCACGCCAAAUGGAGAAGAGAAAUGCUACGAUAUCCUUCCUCCAGUGAAAGUCUUUGUACCGAACACGUAUGACAAGUACAUGAAUGAUCCGAUUGAAUUGUCAUUGCUCGUGAGA